GAAACAGCGCAAGACUGCGUUUUCUUUUCUUCUUUUUUUUGUUCCAGAAGUAGUUGCAUGCGUAAUAAGUGACAGGCAGAGAGACACAGUCCUCCUCCGGCCGGGACAGAAGAGAGAUGGGACACCCAGGGAGAGGAUGGAGGGCACGGAUGCUCCUUGUGUGGGUCGCCGCUGUCAGCCUGGUGUCAGCAGCGGAGGGACGGAGGGUGAGGCAGCCCAGAUGUCCGACUGGAUGCAUCUGCACCAAAGAUAACGCUCUGUGUGAGAAUGUCCGAUCCGUGCCACACACUUUCCCCCCGGAUGUCGUCUCACUAUCUUUUGUCAAGUCUGGAUUCAGUGAGAUCACCGGAGGGAGCUUUGUUCACACGCCUGCCCUGCAACUGCUGUUGUUUACAGCAAACUCAUUGGACCUCAUAGAUGAGGAUUCCUUUCUGGGUUUACCACAUCUUGAAUAUCUAUUUAUUGAAAACAACAAAAUUGCAUCCAUAUCCCCAUUCGCUUUCCGGGGCCUUAAAACACUGAUACAUCUGAGUCUGGCUUACAACAAUCUCGAGACACUGCCCAAGGAUGUCUUCAAAGGCAUGGAAGCGUUGACCAAAGUGGACCUGCGAGGCAACAACCUGAUAUGUGACUGCAAGCUCAAGUGGCUGGUGGAGUGGAUGCACCAAACUAAUGCCACCCUGGAUGAGAUCUACUGCAGCGGUCCAGCCAUUCACCAGGGGAGGAGGAUGAAUGACCUGGUGCCAGACUCUUUUGACUGCAUCACAACAGAGUUUGUCUCCUAUCAGUCGCUGAAGUUCGAGUCCAUUUCGGUGGAGGCCUUCACCUUUGGUAAAGAUCAGUAUGUUGUUUUCCCCCAACCGUUUGCUGGGACAUGCAGCUUCCUGGAAUGGGAUCAUGUUGAGAUGACCUUCAGACCUUAUGACACCAUUGAAAGCACCUCGACCGUCGUCUGCAAGCCCAUGGUGAUUGACAACCACCUGUUCAUCAUCGUGGCCCAGUUGUUUGGCGGCUCGCACAUUUACAAGCGCGACGCCUCUGCCAACAAGUUCAUCAAGAUCCAGGACAUCGACAUCCUGAGGAUCCGCAAGCCCAACGACGUCGAGACUUUCACGGUCGACGGAGAGUCAUUCUUUGUCAUCGCCGACAGCUCUAAGGCCGGCUCCACAACAGUGUACAAAUGGAACGGCAAUGGCUUCUACUUCCACCAGUCACUCCACCCGUGGUACCGGGACACAGAUGUAGAAUAUUUGGAGAUUUCCAACAAAGCCCACCUGAUCCUGUCCAGCAGCUCCCAGAGGCCUGUGGUGUACCAGUGGAACAGGAGCCUGAAACAGUUCGACCGCAGGACCGACAUACCGGACAUGGAGGACGUCUUCUCCGUCAGACACUUUAGGAUUAAUAGUGAGCUGUUUAUAUGCUUAACAAGAUUCAUCGGCGACUCCAAGGUGAUGCGCUGGGACGGUGCCAUGUUCAAGGAGGUCCAGACGUUUCCCUCUCGCGGCUCCAUGGUGUUCCAGCCCGUCUCCAUCGGCAAAUGGCAGUAUGCCAUCUUGGGCAGUGAUUACUCGCUGACACAGGUCUUCCAAUGGGAGUCAGAGAGGGGCCACUUUAUCCCAGUUCAGGAGCUGAAUAUCCAGGCACCUCGGGCAUUCGCGCUGGUCUCCAUCGAUGACCGCGUGUUCCUGCUCGCGUCCAGCUUCAAGGGGAAAACUCAGAUUUAUGAACACCUCAUGAUUGAUUUGAGUAAUUAAAAUUAAACCCAGGAUCGGCACAGGGCAAAUUCUUUACUCCCACUUUAAAUGGUUUCCUCCUGUGAUUUUGUUGAACUGGAAUCCACCUGAAGUCCCCACUAAUGUUCAGAUAAAUUAAAUGUCAGUCUCUGGGUUCUGUGACGUCAUUGAAACGACAGUAGAAUACAGUCGUACUCUCCAUUUGAAAACUUGCUUUAGAACUGACUGUUUUUAGAGUGAAACUAGUUUUUUUCCCGAGCUCUGUUUGUUCACCUUUUGUAGGUGUACACCUUUACAUAGGAUAUAUGUUAGUGUUGUUCACUUUAUCUGUAUUUGUCUUGUAGAACUUUGAUUUAGGGAUGUGUUAAUGUAGGUGACCAUGAUAGAACAAAUUGUUUCUUGAGAAAAGGGGGCAAAAGGCAUCCGGUGGUAAUGACGUGCAGUUGUCUCUAUUAAAGGCUAUGAACACAAGAGACGGCGAUGUUAUAUUCCCAUAGAAUUUCUCUGCCAUGUAAACAGCAUUUUCUCAUAACUUAUGACUAAAUCUGAAAACUGCCAUCCUCAGAAUAAGCAAUAAUCAGUAGAGUUCUUAUUUGACUUACAUUAUGUAAACGGGAAGUUCACGUAUUUAAGUGUGGUUGUGUUGGGUCUCACAGACCGAGACCCAACACAGACGCAUAUGGCCGCCAACCGCAAGGAAAAACAGGUUUUAGCUGCAGUAUACUUGGAAUACUUGGAAUACUAGGAAUACGUUCAUUGCUUCAUUUCGCCGUUAGACAGCCUUUUCCAAAUGGAAAAACCACCUACUCUCCCACUCCAAAUUCCAUAGAGGAAAUCAACAGUGUGGGAACACAGGAGUUGCUGUUCAAUUGCUUCCUCCAUCAGUAAGUUGAAAUGUGUUAUUUUGUGGCAUUGGUGGUCGAAAUCCUUUGUUUUCGAAUGAUCUAAGUGAAGCAAACUUGCCAAAUGAGGCAGCGGUAGACAAGCAGCUCCUGUGUCCCCGCAAACUAAAACACAGGAGAGUGAGUCAAACUUAAAUUUUGAGGCUUUUUGUCGAGUGGCUAGAGUGUGUUUUUCUUUGUCAGUGCGAUCCUCUGUGUCUGCAGGCUGGUUCUCGGCACAGAGAGCGCGCACGGCUGGCUCAGUCAAGGCUGAUUUCAUGCCAGUACUUCAUAAAACCACACUUUAAGAAAAAGAAAAGAAAUUGAACUAUCCCUCUAAAUACUAUGAGAAUAAAAUCACGCUCACAUCAGUCUCCUCUCAAAAAAAAAAAACCAAGAGUGUGAGCACGAAUACAGACUCUCACGGUGUUCAUUCCUGAUGAAUGCCUCGCUGGAAGCAUCCCACUGUGUCCUCUGGCUUUCACUGCACCCUUGCCCCUUUUCUCCCUCGCUGACAAAACCAUUGUUGUCUUAACUCUCCACCACUAAUAAUAGCCGACCACUGUGCUGCACCUACACUACCUGUGCUUUCACACGCUCCUCGCGCUCGGGACACAAAAGGAAACAGACCACGGAUAACGUCAUUAACGUCACUGACAACUCUUUGCCAAAUAUACUGUUUACGUAUUUGUAAAGUACUGUAUAUCAUGUCGCUUUUUAUAUGUAGAGGGGACCACGGUGGGUGUUUUAUUUUUCACAGACGUAGAAUGUAGUGUAGAUGUAUUUGUAUAUAAAAACAAGGCUCACCUUCCUAACACUGUGUAACUGGCAACUUGUGUAAAACAGUAAAGUCGUAUUUGUGUCAUUAGGGUAGAGGAUGAUAUAGAUGUUCCUUUGUCAUCUUGCUGACAGACGCAAUAAAUAGUAAAUUGCUCAAUCUGA